CUAACUAUUAUGGAUUGCGAAGUUUAUAAAUUCCAGUAUUAAAACGUGAAAUGUUCAGGCUACAAGUUUUGUGUAUCUUUUGGCUAAAUAACUUGUGUUAUAUUCAUGUUAAGGGUUCCUAUAAGUUUAAUUCACUUAAUUGCGAAGUUCUUGCUCCAGAAAUGGGUUACAUGAAGCAGUGUCACAUAAGGGCCAUCGAUAGAAAGCACAACAUGAUGAACCUUGAAGCGAUUCUAAAUAAAACCAUAUUGCAGUUUGAGAUCCAUUUCAAGAUUGUCAAACGCGAGCUUGGGGGCUGGCACCCCUUUUUGUACGACAUAAGAAUGGACAUUUGCCAGUUCUUCAGAAACCGAAGGAAAUUCUUUAUUUCCAAUCUUAUUUAUUCGUUUAUGAAGCCUUACACAAAUGUUAAUCACACCUGCCCCUACGUGGCUGGUGAGGCAAUGCAACUUUUGAACUGGACUCCAGAUGAAGACCAAGUUAUAGCUAAAUUUCCCGUAGACCAUGGCCAAUAUGGUUUGCAAACAACUUGGUACGUCAACAAAGUCAUGGCAUUAAAAAUAAAUGGCUCGGUUUUAUUCUUUAGGUAA